GAUUGGCACGGACGGUAGCCGACCAAGAGGGAUAAUUGGUGUCAUCAAGCUUGACCGGGGUUAGGGAUUGGAGAUUCCGGACAAACAACUUGAGCCCCGUAGGAAGACGAUCCAUAGGAUCAGACGAGGUAGAAGCCAUGGCUGUGCACGGCGUGAUCGGCAGUGGAGAGAUCGGCUCUGCCGAUUUUUUUUCGGUGAUUAGCGCAGGAAAGGAAGAGAGAGAAUGCAAACUCUUGUUGAGGAUCAAGGCACCCAAUGACUACAAAGGCUCCCUCCGUCCGCUAGGGAAAAAAUUUGGAGCCCUCGCGGACGAAGUGGAGGCUUUGCUGCAGUACGCCGCCUUGUCUGGGCUCCAGGUGGUCGGAGUCUCGUUCCACGUGGGGUCUAUAGCCGAGGAACCCGUCAUCUACCGCCAUGCAGUCGCGGCGGCGAGGGCGGUGUUCGACGUGGCGGCUGAGCUCGGAAUGGAGCCAAUGCAAGUACUAAACAUAGGUGGCGGUUUUAGAGCGGCGACACAAGUAUUUGAAGAAAUCUGUGACACGGUAAAAUCAGCAAUCACAGAUUAUUUCCCUAAAGAAAUGGCAGUAACGAUCAUUGCCGAACCUGGAAGGUACUUUGCGGAGAAGGCGUUCACGCUGGCGACAAACGUGAUCGGAAUCCGAGCACGCGGCGAGAGGAGGGAGUACUGGAUCAACGACGGAAUCUACGGAUCCUUCAGCCCAACGAUGCACAACUCAUCACUGGUGAGUAUCAAGGCGGCGUUCUGCACGCCGCCCGUGAAUGAGCCACCGGCGAUACGGUCCUCCGUCGUUUACGGUCCAUCGUGUGAUUCUCUAGACGAGGUGACCGCGGCGUCGGGGGAGAUAAUGUUGCCGGAGCUACAACUGCAUGAUUUGCUGGUGUUCACCAAUAUGGGUGCUUAUUCCAAAUCCGUUGGAACAAACUUCAAUGGCUUUGAUACCUUUUCCAUCCCCACUUAUAUUGCCUACAGUUGAGUUAAUACUUAUUUUGGUCUAUCUAAAGGCUUUUGUU